AUCGGCCGUCUUGUUCUAUCUAGCAACGUCGCGGACCGAACGAUGAGGCAUGGAAACGCACAAUUUAGACACCGCCUCGGACUAUCUUAACAAGUUACUGCUUGCCCGUGGGCUUCUCAGGAAUGGCAAACCCAUCGAUUUCGCCGAGCCGACAAGGGCAUCGGAUGGCGCCGAUGGUACCAUGACCCGGGUCAUUAAUCUGAUUCACGACCUAAUAAUAAGAAGAGAUCGAGAAGCCGAACAACACGAGAAUCUGGCCAGUAUGAUUCGGAAUCUCCGGAAUACAGAAGCGAAACAAACUGUUGAGAUUGAACGUCUAGAGGCCAAGGUGCAAGAGCAAGGCCGCUCUCUCGCGCUCACCGAAGGACAGGAACGGGUCUUCAAGGCCAACCUUCGAAACGCAGAGGGAACGAUACGAAAGUUGAAAGAACAAGUCCAGCGGAUGAAGUCUACUAUCCAGCAGAUACGAGCCCAAUACACCACCGAUAUCCGAAAGCGUGAUCUCGAGAUACAGAAGCUGAAGACUCGCGUGACCGAGCGGACUCGCGGUAAGAAAGACGGGCCAGGAGUCACAACGGUUACCAUCAUACCCCCGCCGAAGCCCACUAUUUCUCGGCAGAAGUCCAGCGAAGGUGGAGAAGGGGUGGAUACUCCGGGAUAUAGUCUUAAGGAAGAAACAACGGAGUUUCUCACCCAGCUCUGUCAAAACUUGAGCGACGAAAACGAUGCUUUGAUACGCCUGGUGCAAGACACCAUAAAGACCUUGAAGGAGCUGCAGGGCUUGAGCGAAGCAGGUGCAAACGAUAGCACUAUGGGUCCAGAUUCCCUCGAGCCAGAAUCGGACCCGCUAGUCGGACCGAUGCCCCCAUAUGAAACCCUCUCACAAGAGAUGUCCUACGUGCUUGACCAAUUAAGAGCACUCUUGACGAAUCCGUCGUUUGUUUCUCUCGAGGAAGUCGAGAUCAGGGAUAACGAGAUAUCCCGUCUGCGGGAUGGCUGGGAGAAGAUGGAAGCAAGAUGGAAGGAGGCCGUGGGAAUGAUGGACAACUGGCAUAAGCGUAUGGCAUGUGGUGGUGAUGGCGUCAAUAUAGAUGAACUGAAGCGGGGGAUGAAGCUGGGGUCUAGCGCUGACCAUGGUGUCGCCCACCGAGUGCCAGACACGCACGGAUCGGAUGGCAGGGGGAACUCGCGAUGAGCGACUUCGGAGGAGGCAUCCAUGGAUGCCUGGACUGCGUGAUGGCCAGCGCAAUUGUAAGUCAACGAGGAGGAGGAGGAAUGGUUCGAGUGGCGCAAUCGACCCACUCAUGAACUGCUUCCUUGAACUUUCGAUGCACGAGGUGUGUGUUGAUGUCUUGGAGAUCCUUCUUACAUCGAUAUUCCUAACCAUUUUUCAUUUGGC